AUGGCAGACGCGACCGGUUCAGAAGUUGAGGCGGAGGUUGUUCAGGAUCUGAGCAAUCCUGACGUCGUCACCAAGUACCGCACUGCGGCAGAUAUCGUAAACGGCGCGCUCAAGAAGGUGAUCAGCGGCUGCAUUCCGGGAGCGGACGUCUACGCUUUGUGCAAGACAGGCGACGCGUACAUCUCGGAAGCAUGCGCCAAGGUGUACAACAAGAAGGAGAACGGGAAAAAGAUGGAGAAAGGCAUUGCCUUUCCAACGUGCAUCUCCAUCAACGAGAUUUGCGGACAUUUCUCUCCGGUUGAGGAGAACGCGGAAACAGACAGAGUUUUGACCGAAGGUGACGUUGUGAAGAUUGAUAUGGGGUGUCACAUCGACGGCUAUAUUUCCGUCGUCGCCUACACAGUUGUAUGCGACGCAGCCUUGCCCGGAAUCUUUGAAGGCACUCCUGGUGCACAACAAGGACGCAUUAGCGGCAGAAAAGCAGAUGUCAUCAAGGCCUGCUGGACGGCUGCCGAAGCGUGCAUGCGACUGGUGAAGGCGGGCCACAAGAGCACAGACCUCACAAAGACCAUCGAACUCGCAGCGAAACAAUACGGCUGCACUCCUCUUCAGGGUGUCCUGUCUCACCAACUCAAGCGAUAUGUCAUCGAGGGCAGCAAAUGCUUUGCCGGCGCAACGCCGGGUCCAGGCGAAGACGAGCCGGAAGAGUUUGAGUUCGAACCGAAUGAAGUGUACGGUGUCGACAUCGUCAUCUCAUCCGGCGAAGGCAAGGCAAGAGACGCAGCAAUCAAACCGACAGUGUACAAGAGGGCUGUCGACCGCACGUACAUCCUCAAGUCUCAACUUGGGCGGCACUUCAUGAGUGAAGUGCAAAAUAAAUACCCGACACUGCCAUUUUCGCUUCGCGGCUUCUCAGACGACAGAGCAUGCAAGGUUGGCGUUGCGGAAGCGAUGCGCCACGAGCUCCUUCACCCGUACCCCGUUAUGACAGAGAAACCAGGCGAAUUCGUAGCCCAGUUCAAAUUCACUCUCCUCCUCCUCCCCACGGGCACAAAGAAGGUCACCGGUCUCCCCUUGCUGUACGAGAAGGAAUUGGAUAGCAGUCACACAGUUGAGGAUGAAAGCCUAAAGGCAUUGCUAGCCGUUUCGGUGAAUCCGAAGAAACUGAAGAAGAAGGCGCAGGUGGAGAAGAAGGAAGAUGGAGGAAACGCUUAG